AUGUGCGGUGCGAAAAGUAUAUCAUUAACAUUUAUUGGACUGCUUUUCAACUGCCUGGAAGCGAUCUUUUCAGCUAACACAGCUCCAGACAUACCUCAUACUGACCCAGCUUUUACAAAACUCAGCACCAGUAUCACAGCAGAAUGGAGAGCGGUACCUGGGGCUACUGGUUACAGGCUGACUGCGCAAGAUGGAGAUUCCUUCACUGAAACUGUGAGUCUGGUUACAAAUUCUCCAGGCACAGUGACAGGACUGGAACCUGCCCCUUUAUACAGAGUCAGUGUCAGAUCUGUAAAUUCAGGAGGGAAAAGCCAGCCUUUCAGAAAAGCAAAAACAGCCCUGGCUGUUCCAGUUCUGUCUGUUAGUUCUCUGAGUUGUGACUCCAUCCCAGUGAGCUGGAAUCCUGUGUGUAUGGCAGCUGGAUUCUCUGCAUCCCUCAAGAGAUCAGAUGGUUUGGGCAGAAUGCUGAAUGAGAACACCACUAAUAUUCCCUUGAUAUUUACAGGUCUAGUCCCAGGAACUCUCUAUACUUUCAAGGCAUAUGCUUGGAGUGUCAGUGGGAUACUUGGAGAUGAUUUCACCUAUAACCAAAGAACAAGUAAGAAUGCAUCGUCAGAUAUUCAAGUGGCUUUUAAUAGUGGUGCUUUAAGAGCUAUUGUUUCUUGAAUGCCGACAGAAGGAGCUCUAACUUAGACUGUGACAGCCUCCCCUGAACUCUUGAAACUGAAGUGUAACACAUCUUCUGCCUCCUGCGUGGUGCUGUCACCAUGCGGAUCUGAAUAUGAUGUUUCUGUCACAGCAUACGGUGAUGCUGGAUGCAGUAAACCUACUAAUGCAGUAAGCUUAAAAACUGUUUCUCGUGCACCAGUAAAUAUAUCAAUCGCAGAGAAUGAACCUGUCCGCUUCUUGGUAUCAGGGUCUGGUGUCAAGUUUGGUCAUUAUUAAUGUGUUUUUUUGAAGCAUGUUGAUGGCUUGGAGGUGCACUGCAACACAUCACACCCUCCAUGCUGUUCCCAGUCAGACUGUGGCUUCACUUACUUCAUUAGUGUCUUUGCCUAUAACAAGUCAGGGCAGAGUCCCUUGGAUCAAGUAUUCAGUUACACUACUGCUCCUUGGUGCCCCAGAGACUUGAGGGCUGCGUUGGUGUGGAGCGACAGGGUGCAGGUCGCUUGGGCUCUGGUGGCCGCCGCCUGCAGCUCGAGGGCUCUGGAGUGCAGCAGCCGCUGCAGCAUCACGGCUUAUUCCCGCAGCGGCCGGGGCAGCGACACCUCCUCUGCAUCCCACUGUGUGGCAGCAGUGCCCUGGAGUCCUGAAAUUAAAGAUCUCUCAAAGGAGGCUCUUUCUGUAAUCAGUGUGCACUGUAACAGUGAAGAAGCUACAUAUAUAGUCACUGCCAGAGGAGAGGCUGGGCUUUGGUAUUACACAAACUUUGGGAAUUCAUGUUCCCUGAUGAAUCAUCUCUGCAGAUCUGCUUUCUCUGUUACUGCUAUAGCAAGAUCACUAGCAGGACAGAGCUUACCUAGCUACAGUGUCCCUUUAGAGACAGCUCUGUGGUGCCCUAAUGACCUGAUAUUAAGUGAAGUGACUCGAACAAGUAUCAGCUGGUCUGCUAGGAUGGGUGCAUAGACGUAUGUAACAACGUUGGGGUCUCCAACAGGAUGGGCGUGUCACAUUCUUCAAAACCACUGUCUCCUGGAGAGCAUCACGUGUGGCACCAGCUAUGCGGUGUCACUGAAAGUGAUCAGUGAAAUGGGUUUUACAUCCAGUUGCACAUAUCAAGGAUAUUUUUCCAGUGCUUGCUGCCCUUCUGGGGUGAAGCUGUACAGAUUCAGCAAUACUGGUAUCAGGGUACACUGGCACACUUCUGAUGAAAGUAUAAACUGCAAUACUGGCUUACAUGGCUGAAAAGGCAAUUUCACCUGUACCCCUAGCUCAGGUGUAAGUCACUGCGAUGUCACCGAGGGUUGUGGGGAUGCCUACACAGUGGUAGCAUCUCCAGUUGCCAACAAGGGGCUAAAACUUACAUUCUGUCCUUAAAGAAUAUAUUCAGUGUUCAUGUCAUUUCAGUGACCUGGAAGCUCUGUGGGGAUGGUGAUUUAUAGAGGAAAGAGCAAUGCAGAACAUACCUAG